AGCUCAAUCCCCAACCACCCCCCCUUCCCCUCAUUUUCAUUUCAGGUAAAAUCUCUGGACUUGCCAAAAUCCCUUUUAUCCUCUCUUUCUCUCUCUUCCCCCCCUGGGAAAGUCUGCAAAAUCUCUCUUUUUAUCACAGAGAGAGAUAACAGAGAGAGAGAGAGACAGACAGAGAGACAGAUAGAGAUAGCCAUGGAGAGGCUUCUCUACUCCUCUUCCCCUUCCCUCCCUUCUCGGAUCCUCCGCCGCGCCCCUUCCCCCUCCCCCUCCCUCUCCGCCGCCCGCCUCGGCGGCGGCCGCUUCGACUCCGCCAGGCCCGGCCCCUCCUCGCCGGCGCGGCCCGAUUCCAGGCCGCCGCCGGGCUCCGUCUCGUGCAAGCACGGGAGUCCGCUUCCGCCUCCUUCCUUUUCUAGGAAACCGUUGGAUAGAUUGCCGUCCUCCCCAUCCUUUUCUUCGAUCCGCUCGCCGGAGGAAUCGCCGCCGGCUCCGCCACGGCCGUCCGAGCCGACCGUGGCUGGAGAUUCUCGGAAGCUCAAGGGAUUAAAUGCUGGAACUUUUGUGCUACUCUCCGCCCUUAUUGUGGCCUUAAUUCACCCAUUCUUUGCAUCACCCGCCUUUGCAACUUUUCAAAGUGCUGCUAAGACAGGAGGACCCGCAGCAGCUGCUGCUGUUGGGACAAGACUUAUUCGCACGGAAUUACUUACUAGUGCCUGGACAGGUUUCUUUGCUGGGUGCUUGCACACAUUAUCAGGGCCCGACCACCUUGCUGCACUGGCCCCACUCUCUAUUGGUCGAACACGUAUCGAAAGUGCUGCUGUUGGAGCCCUUUGGGGCUGUGGCCAUGAUGCGGGACAGGUACUAUUCGGCUUGUUGUUUAUACUUCUGAAAGAUCGGCUGCAUAUUGAAAUAAUCAGAACAUGGGGCACGAGAGUUGUGGCCUUCACACUACUUGUUAUUGGUGCUAUGGGAAUUAGGGAGGCUUCAGAAGUCCCCACCCCAUGCGUUGCCCUAGAAAAUGGGGAGUGUGAUGUCAGUCUCUACGAAACACUCGAAAACCCCAAGUUGGGGAAGAAGAAGAAGAUUGGAUUUGCUACUUUUGCCACAGGGAUCAUUCAUGGUCUACAACCUGAUGCAUUGAUGAUGGUCUUGCCCGCACUAGCUUUGCCUUCUCGCUUGGCCAGUGCGGCUUUUCUACUCAUGUUCUUGGUUGGAACGGUGGUUGCAAUGGGAAGUUACACGGUGUUUAUAGGCUCAUGCAGUCAGGCGCUAAAGGAACGGAUUCCUAGGAUAACUGAAAAGCUCACUUGGGCCUCUUCGCUAGUUGCGAUUGCCCUCGGACUUGCGAUCAUCAUUAGCCAGUUUUUUGGUUACAGCCUAUAUUGAUCCAUCGGUCUCUUAGUGGCAGCACUGGCUUAGAAGCUUCUUCUGUAGCAUUAGAAAGAUCUGAGAAAGGUUCAAUUUGUUUUCGGCGGAAAUUCAUCAUUGCAUCAUAUUUAUUUAACAAGCAUUGAAAUCCUUGCUUUUUAUAGUUGUAAUCUCAGUAUAGAAGCAAAUUUACUGAUCUACUGUUCUUUUUUUCCGGUGUGUUGACAUGUUUGGUUGUAAUUUGAUUAUCCCUGGCCUCUGAAUGGUAUUAUGUAACAGCAAAUGAUAGCAAUGCAAUCUAUUUGAGUGACCUUUUGAUCAA